AUGCUCCAAGGGAUCCCAGGACCACAGCAGGUGCUAACCGCCUUGACGGGAUCCUUGGGACUUUCAAGUCUCCUUGGACCCGAGAUUGAAUCUUCACAGAGCAGCUUUCAACACUGCUCUAAGCCUGAGCUGAGCUGCCAAACUCCGUAUCAUGGCCAAAACAAAUGCUGCUUCAAUUAUCCCGGGGGACAGUUCCUUCAAUCGCAGUUUUGGGACGCCGACCCUGCCAUUGGACCGGAGGAUUCCUGGACCAUCCAUGGCUUAUGGCCUGAUUACUGUAAUGGAGGUUACCCUCAAUUCUGCGAUUCAAAAAGGCGGUAUAGCAACAUCUCCCUGAUCUUGACUGACUCAGGUAGAGGGGAUCUUCUGGAUGAGAUGCGUACCCUCUGGAAAGACUGGAAGGGCGAUGACCCGACUUUGUGGGAACAUGAAUGGAACAAGCACGGCACCUGUAUCAGUACCCUAGAGCCUCACUGUUACGACAUAUACUACCCGCAACAGGAUGUGGUAGACUACUUUGACAAGACAGUGGAGCUCUUCCGCGGAUUGCCUACACACGAAAUCCUUGCUGGUGCUGGGAUUGUCCCUUCAUACACGGAGACCUACUCCCUGAGCGAGAUUCAUGACGCUCUAGUGAAGGCUCACGGGGCCGAAGUUGUCGUUAGAUGUCGUCACCAGAACCUGAACGAGGCUUGGUAUUUCUUCAAUGUCGCUGGACCUUUGCAAACAGGCAAAUUCGUCCCAGCCAACCCAGAUGGCCAAACAUCAAAUUGCCCUUCCAAGGGCAUCCGGUAUCAGCCAAAAACACCUCGAAAAGAUGAACCAACCAAAACACGAAGACCAUCAGAGCCAACAAAUACCGGUACACCGAACUCAAAACGAGGGAACCUGGUCGUCUCAACACAAGGCCAACAAAGGGGCUGUAUUAUCAGCCGCGGAGCCUGGUUCACAUCAGGGACUUGCGCAACAUUCCGAAUUGAAAAGACUUCUGAUGAGACAUUCACAUUGCAGUCCAGUAAGGGCAAGUGCUCUUUUCAAAAAGAUACAUUCAGCUGUGGUCCUCAGAUCAAGAACCCAGUUGAAUUCAGUAUUCAGGAUGGCAAGCUCUCUUACCGGGGAAAUACAACAUUCUUUGCGGACAAGGCACCUAAAGGCCCUACAAAGAGCAAAAUCUAUGCGACGCAAGAGGAACAUCCGAUUGAGCUGACCAUAACGUGGAGAGGAAGUCAUUAA